GUUUAUCAACAUUACUGUCAUUUCGGCUGAUAGUGUUGUUUCCCCAAUAAUAGAGUUAUUCCAGAUUAGCAAACGUUUUCCUAAAGCGACAGGCAAGCCAGCGUUAAUGUCCAUCUGCUGCAUUCCUAUUUGUCCGAACAGCAAUGCUAAUGGGAAACCCCCGGAAAUCGCUUCGAGAACUUCGGUUAGCUUCCAUCCAUUCCCUCAGAAUGAAAUACUGCGUUCACAAUGGUUUGAUGCUCUGGCCAUCUCCAAUCCCCUCCGUUUUCGUUGGAAAAUCAAAACUGUUUGCUCCGAUCAUUUUCUCCCUUCGGAUCUGCUAACCAAGGAUGGCGAAAUAAGGUUGGCCGACAGGGCAAUUCCCUCGAUUUGUGAUUUGGAUGAUGAGGACACCAUGAACGUAGCGGAAGAUGAAGACCAGUCCAGAAUAUCCCACUUGAAAGACCAAUUUUGUCGACUUUGUUUUCACAAACAUUCAACACUGUUUCCUUUGAAUGCUCGAAUUCACAACAUGAACUUAACGGAAAUAAUCCGCUUGAUUUGUGGAGUACAAUUUCACCCAAAUUUAAAUCUUCCCAAUCGAAUCUGCUCCGGGUGCAUGACGAAGGUCGACUUUGCAUUUAACGUUCGCCUCGAGUUUCAGAUGAACGCGGAAAAAUUGCGAGCUUUGGUGAAAGAGGGAAGAUUGUUGAGCUACUACGAGCAGUAUGAACCGCCUUCGAAUGUAUCAAACGGAACGAAAGAUAGUUAUAUCGAUAGUAUUAUGAAAACCAGUCGAGAGGUAUUGGUUGAGCGAAACAUAAUUAAGACCUCCAAACACACCGAUAUUCAUGACUUUGAGAUUUUAGUACUCGACGACAAAACAGCGCCGUCACACGGGACAUGUGCAAUACGGGAACAAUUUGAUAAUGUCGAACACUUGAUCGAGCAGGAUAUGGUAAACGAACUGGAUGCAUUGGGGUACGAAGAAAUUUGGGAUGAAGAUAUUUUGAAUCCAGUAGAUCUUGAAGCGUUUCGAAAUAAUAUUAAGGCUGACCAACAGGAGGAUUCAAUUGUUUAUGAUCUUACUGAUGAUAAUGCUAGUGGUCACAAAAAGAAAGAUGCUAACGAUCCAAGUGAUGCGAAUAAGUCGUACGUGUUUUCUUGGACAGAGUUGGUAAAGCCAAAGAAAAGUCGACCAAAAAAACCAGCGAAAAAAUUGGUGAUGCCAGAGCUGAUUCCCAACAAAUGUUACGUAUGCGUGCAAGCUUUUACCUCCGAACAAGUGCUUGAGGAACAUCUAACAUCUCACGUAGCGAUGCUGCCUUACAAAUGCGAACAGUGCAGUAUUGAAACUAAUCCGAUCGUACUAAAAGGAAUGGUGUCCUUAAACCGUCACCUACAAUCGCAUCUCUAUCCAUACACUUGUCCCCAAUGUCCACAGAGGUUCUCUACACAGUACGGUAGAUAUUCGCAUAUACGUUGGAUCCAUCGGAACUUCCAGAAAGAUGGCUUCACUUGCGAUGUCUGUGGUAAGACGUUUGAUAAGAAACGAACAUUCUUGGCACAUGCGUUGAAACAUCGAAGUCAAACUGAGCAACGCUUCAAGUGUAGCAAGUGCUGUAAAGUUUUUACUACCAAGGUUUCACUUGACCGACACACUCGAACGCACACCGGAGAGUGUCCCUUCGAAUGUCCUUAUUGUGGAAAACGGUUCAACCACCAGUACAACUUUCGGCAGCACAAGCUGCUCCACUUGUCUGGUCAAAAAUCUUAUCGCUGCGAACACUGUCCGAAAGUUUUUGUGAGAUUUGCUUCAUUGAGACGACACUUGCGGGAACAUUUUCCAGAUCGAAUACAAAAUUCAAAUUCAGAAUCUGUAGAACCACAGGAAGUUUCCUCCGUAUGUCGGUUUUGUUCGGUACAAUUUUCCGAUUUUGAGGCCAGACGAGAUCACGAACACAGGCAGCAUACAACGCACCAGGAAGUGUUGGAAACAAUUGAACUAGUAUCGAAAGAGGAAAUUGAACAACUGGUUAGCGCUGGAUUUGUACAAUUUUGAGUUUCCUGAAACAUUUUUUCGGAAGGGAACGCUUUAUCCAGUAAAAAACUGAGUGGUGAACAUAAAAAUUUGAUGUUUGUCUAAACCUU